GCUCCAUUUGCAAAUAUGGGAAGUAAUUGAAUAUAAAGUGUAAUUCUUCUCCCAGGCAACGGUGGUGCACCCUGAUAAAAAUCCAGAUGAUCCCCAAGCUGCUAGCAAUUUCCAGCUAAUUUAGGGUUGUUUGUUUCCAGAUAGUUAUUUACUUAUGUUUUCUUAUUUUUCUCUUUUCAUGGGCUAAAUAAUAUUUCGUAUAUUAUACUCAGUAUAUAGAACAACUUAAUUUUCAUGUAAAAACAUUUUCAUCAAUUCCUCAAAAAAUACUUUCCGCAGCAAGUUCUAUCAUGUAAUCAAAUGGAGCCUUUGAUUGGAUUUAUCAGUCAGUAUCUCUUUGAUUGUCAUUUUUUCCAGAAAAAGAGCAAGUACUUGAAUUUAAUCUUGAGCAUAAUAUAACUUUGUGAAAUGCACCAUAUAUUAAUUUGCUUUUGGUGCUUAUUUCCAAAGGCUUUAGGAGAGGCAUAUCAGGUUCUAAGUGAUCCCGAGAAGCGUAAAGAAUAUGACAAAAAUGGGAAAGAUGGAGUGCAUCAGGACACAAUGUUGGACCCUGCAGCCGUUUUUGGGAUGCUAUUUGGAAGUGAUUUCUUUGAAGAUUACGUGGGACAAUUUUUAUUGGCUUCUUUAUCAGCUGUUGAAGCUGAACAGAAUACUUCCGAUGAUCCUGAAGUUCGAAGCAAAAAUGUUAGGGAAAAGAUGAAAGCAUUGUAGAAGGAAAGGGAAGAUAAGCUUGUAACAGUUUUAAAAGAGCGUCUCCAUCCGUUUGUUGAAGGUCAGAAUGUCAGAUAGACACUUUUGUGGAUUGGGCAAAGUCAGAAGCAUGCCGUCUUUCUCAAGCCGCUUUUGGUGAGGCUAUGCUACAUACAAUUGGCUACAUUUACACCAGGCAAGCUGCCAGAGAAAUCGGGAAAGAUAAGCGUUAUAUGAAAGUUCCAUUUUUAGCCAAGUGGGUCCGUCAUAAAGGACACCGUCUUAAGUCACAAGUUAUGGCUGCUUCAGGUGCUGUCAAUUUGCUGCAAAUUCAAGAGGAGAUAAAAAAGUCAUGCGAAGGAGAGAACACUCAAGAAUCUAUGGUCAAAGCUCUUGAGGAGAAGAAAGAUGUCAUGCUAAAUUCCUUAUGGCAAAUUAAUGUUGUCGACAUUGAGAGAACUUUAUCCCGUGUUUGUCAAGCUGUCCUUAGAGACCCCACGGUUUCGAAGGAUGUUCUCAAGCUGAGAGCUGCAGCAAUGAAAAAGCUGGGAACAAUUUUUCAAGCGAGGAGCGAAGGUGACGUACAGCAGAGAGAGCAGUUUGCGCUGCGAGGGCCCCACCAACAGCGACGCCAUUGAAGGCAAUCCACAGCCAUCCUCAGAUCAAACCUAACUUUUGGUUGAUGUUUGGGUUUCAGCUUUUGCCAUCUUCACACCAAAACUGAUUCUUUAGCUUGUAGUGGUUGGUUCACUUUUUUUUUGGGUGUUAUGGAGUUUAACUCAUUCUUGAAGAAGUUAGAAGAGCAUUAGGGUGAACAUGAAUACUUGCUUGUGUUGUUGGGCAUUAAAGCUCUGCCCCUUUU